UGUCAACAAAACUGCACCAACACAAUCGGAAGCUUCCUGUGCAGUUGUAGCCCAGGCUUCAGAAUCAAUUUGACCAACCCUUCACUUUGUGAUGAUAUCAAUGAAUGUGCAACCAACACCUCAAACUGUCAGCAAAUCUGCACCAACACAAUCGGAAGCUUUGCGUGCAGUUGUGACCGAGGUUUCAGCAUUAAUGUGGCCAACUCUUCGCUUUGUGAGGACAUUGAUGAAUGUGGAACCAACACCUCGAACUGUCAACAAAUCUGCACCAAUACAAUCGGAAGCUUCCUGUGCAGUUGUUACCCAGGUUUCAGCAUUAAUGUGGCCAACUCUUCCCUUUGUGAUGACAUUGAUGAAUGUGGCACCAACACCUCGAACUGUCAACAAAUCUGCAACAACACAAUCGGAAGCUUUGUGUGCAGUUGUGACCCAGGCUUCAGCACCAAUGUGUUCAACUCUUCCCUUUGUGAUGAUAUCGAUGAAUGUGCAACCAACACCUCAACCUGUCAACAAAACUGCAACAACACAAUUGGAAGCUUCAUGUGCAGUUGUGACCCAGGCUUCAGCAUUAAUGUGGCCAACUCUUCCCUUUGUGACGACAUUGAUGAAUGUGGAACCAACAACUCGAACUGUCAACAAAUCUGCACCAAUACAAUCGGAAGCUUCAUGUGCAGUUGUGACCCAGGCUUCAGCACCAACGUGCCCAACUCUUCCCUUUGCGAUGACAUUGAUGAAUGUGGAACCAACACCUCAAACUGUCAACAAAUCUGCACCAACACAAUCGGAAGCUUUGUGUGCAGUUGUGACUCAGGGUUCAGCGCCAACGUGACCAAACUAUCCCUUUGUGAUGAUAUCAAUGAAUGUGCAGCCAACACCUCAAACUGUCAACAAAUCUGCACCAACACAAUCGGAAGCUUCCUGUGCAGUUGUAACCCAGGCUUCAGCACCAAUGUGACCAACC